UACAGUGUACGUAUAUAAAACAAGAGAAGGGGCAAGGGCCAGGCGCGGUAGGGAAUAUGGACUAAGGCUUGGCUUGGCUUGGCUUGCUAGAAUCAAUUCCAUUUUAUUGUUAAUCAUCAGCGCGUGCGUGUAUCGCCGCUGUCGCCAACUUGAUUCUUCAAUUAAUUAAUUAAAUAAUUAUAAACCCACCAAUUCUACUAGCUUGGUCAAGCUAAACCUAAGAUUUAAACCUAAUGGUGCUGUGCAGUCGUAGCAUCGCAAUUCACACCCCGCACCGCCCAGCCCACGCUCCACUAUUAAUAUUAUCAGCGUCAUCAUCGUCUCAUAAUAAGAUCUAUUUUUCCGGGUUAGUACUUGUUUAAUUCUACGCUCCCUUGAUUUGGACUUCCAUUGGAGUUGGAGAAGAGGAUCGCCAUGGCUGCUGAAAUCAAGAGGUGGAACAAGAAGAGAAAGCAGCCGGCGCAAGAUGAAGUGGGAGAAAUGCCCUUUCCAAAGCAUCAUAAUAAUAAUAAUAAGAAGAAGAAGAAGCAUGUGUGGCGGGAAUUGCAAUUGCAAUUGCAAAGCCCUGGUGCGGAUUGCGACUCUUGUUCUUCUUCUUCUUCGUCGGAUUCAAACGCAGCAGACGUCAACACCAACUUCAACUUGUGCACCACUGCUGCUAGUACCCAACACUCCUCCUGCUCCUGGUCCUCCCAAGAAGAAAUGAACACAUCCGAUGACCACCCUUCCACUUAUUCCGAUCAUCUUUCCUUAUCAGGAUCCAUUCAAAGUACUGAUAUUGAUACACAGCUACCGUCAUCAAUCGACCAAUCCGAUAACUUAGCUUACUGUAUAUGCUCAUGCUCGUGCUCAUGCUCGUGCUCAUCCUCCCAUUACAAAACUAAUGCCGACACUACAGACCUUGAGAAUCUACCUUUUUACUCCAAGGUAGUCGUCCAUCCUAACAACUACAUUCUUUCGUCAGGCAGGUGGUCGGUUAAUCAAGAUGAUCGGGCUCAACUGGGAGGCGAGAAACUAACGAUCGACAAAGAGUUUGAACAAUAUUUUUCCAUGCUUAUGCUCUAGUAGUUGUACAAUGUGUGUAGUAAUGUGCGAGGCAUGGCGAAAACUUCUCUAUCACCGCCUUCACCUGUACUGCAUCUAUGUAUGUAUGUAUGUUUGUAUUUUAUAAGGAAAUGAAUGUACAUAGAAUAUUAGUGCAAUAGGUCUGAUGGAGAAGAGUCUAAGACUAAGUCUAUCAAGUAAACAUCUUAAAAGUAUUCUAAGUCAUUCUUAAGAGUUUCGAAAUA